AUGAAGAAUGGAAAAUCUGGUGGAGACGACGGGAUUAGCGCAGAAAUGCUAAAAUAUCUUCCUCCGUCUGGGAUUUGUGAGAUGACAAAGAUCAUCCGUUCAAUAUGGAUAAACGAAAGGAUACCUGAUUCGUGGAGACACACUAUAAUAAUUCCCCUCCACAAGAAGUUAUCCGUCAAGGACCCAAGGAAUUAUCGAGGAAUCUCUUUGCUGCGUGUUAUGUACAAGGUACUGGAGCGCAUUAUCCUGUACCGACUCAUUAAACAUCGCGAAGAAACAACGCGCGACGAGCAAGCUGGCUUUCGUCCUGGCCGAUCUACGAUUGACCAGGUGUUCAUCGUCAGGAGAGUGAUCGAAAUCUGGCAGCGGUAUUCGAAGCCAAUGCAACUAGCGUUUCUGCACUUUGAAGCCGCGUUCGACUCUCCUCACCGAGGCCGUCUUCUCAACGCGCUUCGCGCCGAUGGAGUACCAGGAAAGUUCGUUCGCUUGCUUGAUGACAUGAACAACUGCUGCAGUUCGAACACCAGCCGGAUGUGCAACACCGUUUGA